AUGGUUGACAUACGCGUUACGGCGUGGGACAGUACUCUCCUCAUAAUCUUUGCGGAAGCCCUUGCGCGUAGCGGAGAAGAUGAUGCGACAGCAGAGACCCUGCUGAACCGCCUCGCCAAAUCAUCUGCUGAAGGGCUCGUCUCAAUGAAAGAUCUCAUCACAAUUAAAGUGCUGUUGUCCCGUGUAUUGCGGCGGUGCAGGAAAACAAACGCCGCCGCAAAGGAGGAAAAGUGGCUUGUCAAGUGGUUUCGCAAGAAUCCGCACUUGAUAGACGACUCAACCCUUCGGAGGCUCCUGAUGCCAGCUGGCGAAGCGCCGAGCCCGAUUCUCGAAUCCCUCGGUGGACCGUCUUGGCUGGAUGGUCGCGAGCACACUGACAAGACUGAUUACCGCCUUUCCAAGUUUUGCUCGAAAUGCUUCGCUCGGGAGCCUAUAGUGAAGCUCUCCCUGUGUUCGAGAUGCAAAAGGCUCUACUAUUGGUGCGACAUUGGGUCUGUGUAG